UUUGAGACCUUGAAAAGCCCAAAUAGUCUUGUGUUGCGGAACCAGGCAGCUGCAGAAACUCCUCUCGGCCGGUCGACUAUAAAUACCCAUCACCUGUCUGCAACAAUAUCCUUCAGAUACGACGACAACCGACAACAAAACGACUACAACCGACGAGAAAGAGACGCAGCAGGCAGCGAGAGUUGCAAGUUGUAGUUAUAAGUGCGACCAGCCUCCUGCACGCAAACAACAAAUGCGUGCAAGAAUCUGCGGCCACAGAGAUUCACAGCGCAGAUUUGUAAACAGAGGGCUCCUUUUAAACACAAAGAAUGAGUGACUGAGUGUCCCACAGCCUUGGUAAUCCGUGAAGGGCACACAUGGCCCCCCGUGUGAGCGACCAUCAGAGCCCCCUGCCAGUGUCAGAGGCCACCGAGCUGGCUCUGCCCCCCUCCAGCCAAGAUAAAGACUUGAGGCCCAGAUGGACGGUGCUGGACUCCCUGCUGUGUGGGGCGUUUGCUGGAGCCAUAGCCAAAACAGUCAUAGCACCUCUGGAUCGGACCAAGAUUAUUUUCCAAGUGUCCACCAGAAGAUUCUCAGCUAAGGAGGCCUUCAGGCUCAUCUACUGCUCCUACAUGAAGGACGGGCUGCUCAGCCUGUGGAGGGGGAACUCUGCCACCAUGAUGAGGGUCAUGCCCUACGCCGCCAUCCAGUUCUGCUCCCAUGACCAGUACAAAAAGCUACUGGGGGGUUACUACGGUUACCAGGGGAAAGCUCUGCCUCCUUUCCCACGCUUCCUGGCUGGCUCUCUGGCCGGCACCACUGCUGCUAUGCUCACCUAUCCUCUGGACAUGGUGCGAGCCAGGAUGGCCGUCACCGCCAGAGAAAUGUACUGCAACAUCAUGCACGUCUUUGUACGGAUCUCCCAAGAGGAGGGGGUCAGGACCCUUUACAGAGGCUUCACUCCCACCAUCAUGGGUGUCAUCCCGUAUGCAGGGAUCACAUUCUUCACAUAUGAGACCCUAAAGAAGCUGCACACAGAAAAGACUAAGCGACCCCAGCCGUACCCCGUCGAGCGCUUGGCUUUCGGCGCCUGCGCUGGCCUGAUCGGGCAAUCGGCGUCGUACCCUCUGGACGUGGUGCGUCGGCGCAUGCAGACGGCCGGCGUCACCGGCUCGUCGUACGCCACCAUCCUGGGGACCAUGCGUGAGAUCGUGGAGAAGGAGGGAGUCGUGCGCGGACUAUACAAAGGCCUGAGCAUGAACUGGAUCAAAGGGCCCGUCGCCGUGGGGAUCAGCCUCACCACGUUUGACAUCACGCAAAGCCUUCUUCUCAAACUGCAUCAGAUGGGCUACUUUGCACACUGAGUCUUCGGGGGGGACGAACGAUAAAGCACAGACCGACGCGAGUGAGGAGGUCAACUCUUUCAUAAGGCAGCACUAAGGGGCCGUCCAGCUGCACGUUCCUGUUCCCUUCAGACCGGAUGUCAGAGGAUGAGGGGGACCGGAGAUCUGUUGUGCACCAGAAACGCUUUCUCUUUCUCACACUUUAGCUAACGCACAGGAUUCACUGAAGGAGGAAAACUGGCGAGAGGAGGCUGAAAAAUAAGUGUCUUUAAGUCGUCGUUCACACAAUCACAACUUUUGUUUUGAACUCUUUGUUAAUCGGUGAUUAACAAAGCAACAGGGGAUCAAGAAAAGUUUCAUUUUUGAUGGACGACAUGGAGCUCUUGGUGUUGUGUUUAUAAGAGAAUGCUUGCACUUUAUUAUACCUGCAAUGUUCUAUCAAAUGAAUCCCAUAUCAACAGAGAUAACUUAUUUUUAAUGAGUUUUAUUGAUUUUAAUUUGGGGCGGAAAUUUUAAUUAGUUUUUUGCUUUGUUUUCAUUUUGGUCAUUUCAUUUUUUUUUUUCAAUUAUUAUUAUUAUUUUUUUUUAAAUGAAAGGUUGAUUAUGCAAUAUGUUUUUGUUUUAAUUUUUAGUUAUGGUGCCACUGUGGGAUGAGUUGAGAUUGACUGGACGAUUGAUUGUAGGGGGGGGUGAUCAUGUCAGCAGGACUGCACAGUUUCACUGUCCGUCCUCGGAUGAGUUGUAUAGUAUUAAUAUUAUCUAAUAAGUGGACGCAAAUCAAAUAUAUCAGAAAUAAAUAUAUA